UGUCAAACAGCAAAGUUUCUCUGGACCUCCAUGCAAACUGUCAGCUGAAGACAAACUGGGAAAGCCUUCGGCCAUCUGAGCACUAAGGCUGUGCUUUUAAAAAAUCAGCUAAGAAGCAGGAUCUCUACUUCUCAACAUCUGAACCAACGACUUGGCAGAUCCGCCUUUAAAUCCGAGACAACACAGCGGAAUUAAAACAGAGUAGGCUACAAGUCAAGCUAGGGCAUCAGUAACAAUAGUUGGGACCUGAAAACAUCGUUGCAUAUUUGUGACAAACAGCCUGCCACCUGCUGCCCCCACCUUUUGAGGUGCCUUUACCAUGGUGACACUAAAAGUAUCAUACACUUUACAAUAAGCCAGAGGGGAAAACUCCUUGUUCCAGUUGCAUCGCCUCAUAUUCAGCAUCAUCUUGAUCACUUUGCUCACACGACCGGCGCUAACCUACUGCAGCCAUGCAUCUAGAAGUUAAGGUCGCCCUCAACUUCAUCGUGUCCUACCUGUACAACAAGCUGCCUCGGCGUCGAGCCGACCUGUUUGGCGAGGAGCUGGAGAGGAUACUGAUGUCUCGCUUUGAGGGUCACUGGUACCCUGAAGCCCCCCUCAGGGGUUCUGCCUUCCGCUGCAUUCACCUUGGCGCACCGAGGGACCCUGUGGUGGAGUUGGCCGCCAAAAGAAGCGGACUGGACACGGAGGAAGUGCGUGCAAAUGUUCCUGCAGAGCUCAGUGUGUGGAUUGACCCUUAUGAGGUAUCCUACCAGAUUGGAGAGAAGGGGGCGGUGAAGAUUCUCUACCUGGAGGACCCUCCAGGCCUCGGCUGUGACAGCGAGAGGGCUGAGGGGGUGAUGAGAGAGGGUAAAGGAGACUCAGAGGUGGAGGAGGGCAGGAGUCUGGGCUUCAACCCAGACGCUCAGGUGUUUGUGCCAAUUGGAAGCCAGGCGUCUCCCGCCCUCAUGCCAUCGCUCUCUAGCUCUCCCACACCUCUGUCUGCCCAGUCCUGCCCCGGGCUCUUCAGCUACCCCAGCUCCAGCACGCCCACUGAGCCUGCCGUCCACUCCUCUAACACCUCUACCCCUUCUCCUCCCAGCGGUGGGCUGCCCUACCUCUCCGCUCAGCAGCCGCCCUCAGCUCUUCCCACUGCCCGUCCUCAACCCAUCACCUUCACCACCGCCAGCUUCGCCGCCACUAAAUUCGGCUCGACCAAGAUGAAGAAGUGCAGUGGGGCCGGGUCGGCAGCUGGCUCUGCAGUCGUCAUACCUCCUGCGCAGAGGAUGCUCUCCCACUCUCCUACCACCAUCUCGGCACCAGAGCUGCUCAAGCACAAGCCCCUGUCUCUCUCCUUGCACUCCCUUGGUGGUCCCAUCGCCAGCCAGCUCUCUCCCAACGCCAAAGAGUUUGUCUACCCAGGAUCCCCAGGCCCCCUUUACUUCGAUGUUGACACCCAGCCCAUGCAGCCUCAUGCCAGCCCAUUCCAACCCCCCCACACUCAUCCGUCCUUUGACCCCUUCUCCAGCCCUCCUCCUGCCCAGAGUGUGGGCAUCAUUGGCAGCAAUGGAGGAAUCUCCUACAUGGAGAAGCCGCCGUUUGUCGAGGGAUUAGGAAGCUACAAUCUGCAAUAUCCUAGCCAGUCCUUCCAGCCUGUUGUGCUGGCCAACUAAGCCUUCAUUUGUAAUGAUGAGAAUUGUUAUAGGAGGAGGGGGUGUGUAGGACAAUGAUGCGCCAGAUAUUUUCAGUUUUUCUAACAAAUUGUUCUAAUACAAGUUAAGGAUUAGUUUUACUACAACAAAGAUUUAAAUAAAUACCACAUCCACUGAAUAGUUAAUAUGAUUUGUUUUGGUCCUCCAUAACCCCCGACCCCACCCUGCCCUCUUGUCCGUUGCUGUUACUCGUUACGUUCUGUGUUAGCUUUGACAGGAGUGGGUGGGUGGAGUUCCUUUCUACCUUGAGUCGCCAAUCUCUUAUGUUUAUUUUGCAUUGAAUGUUAAUGUGAGGGACUUUUUUAGCGUGUGGUGUUUUUUUUUUGUGUUUUUUCCUCUUGACUUGUAGUUUAAUGGACCUCUAGCUCAAGUAUAGCUCCAUUUUUUGCACUGCACUGUCAUGCUGUGAAUAAGGACCUCGCCAAGUCCUGCAGGGAACGACGGCUGUGGAAAGCUCAGCACUUUGCGCUGCAAUCUGCUCUGCCCUACUUGCCACAAAUACAGAGAGGGGGGAGCUCUGCUGCGUGUGUGUGUGGUCCUGCUCUGUUUUGUUUUUGCUCAGCGUGAUUGAGAGACUCCUUGUUUGUACGGUGGGCCCUGUUACCCUUGGAACACAUGCGUGCACAGGCACAAUUUGACUCAGUGUACAUUGGGAGCAGUUUAUUGUUAGCUGGAUUGUGUACAUGACGUGGGUUUAAAUGAAGUGAGAUCAGUGGAGGGAGCAGAAACGGAGCAUAGGGGUGUUUAAUAUAAGGGAGUGAUGUAGUAGAAUGUAUUGUACCUGUAGGGGGAAACUGCAGCUGGGAAGGUCGGGGAAACAAAAGCAAAAUCAAUCCUUGUAUUUUAAAAACAAUAACCAUGUGCUGAUACCUCAGUCAUACACACAGGGAUGCAAGUUAUGAUUUCAUACAUGUAUUCAAAUAGACUGACAUUCACACAAACACACGAAGAUGUCUGCACAUACAUAUGAUUCCAGUAGGGGGUGGGUGGGGGGGGGGGGGGGUAUGUGAGUGUGUGUGAGAGAAGGUGAACAAGCGGACAAGGAGGGGAGGGGAUGCAGCAGCUAAGCAGCAGGGAUUGUGAUAAAUGGUUUAGCAUGACUUUGACUAUGAAGGAGAGGUUUUCCUCUGCAUGGAGGGGAGAGAAGGGAAGACUGAAGGAAAUGAGAUGGUGACGGGUAGAGGGUUUUGUUGCUUUGGUGGUGUCCAGGCUGUAUUGGCUUAGAGAAUGGCACUUUAAAAUCCAGUGCAUGUGUCUGGUGAGCUUAAAUGGCAUUGAAGACAGAGGCUCACCCUAUUCUCUCCCUACUCUGGAAAAUCUUCAGUGACCGGUGCUCCUCUGGCUGUUAACGAAGAAAAUAUACAUACAGUUCUAGUUGCUCUGCAUCUUUUCCCAGAUGCAGUGCUGCAGACAAAGAUGAAUGUUCUUUUAUUGAUAUGUGGCUUUUGUCACUUUUAGUGGAUAGCUUGUCAGAUCUCCGGAAGUCUGCCGUUUCUAACAUGGUUUGUUUACCAGCUGUGUCCAUGUGACUGGUUAGUCACUACAGGAACGAAUAACCCCCAGAUGUCCAUUUGAGCUGUCCAGCACUUUAUUACUGGGCUCCUGAUUCUGUGUCGCCCACAGACAUGAGCGCUAAACUAUUCCUUUUGCCCUCUGUUUGGUAGUGGCACAUUUUAUUCAGCUGUCAUGAAAUACUUUAGAGAUUCCAACAGAAGCUUCAUUUGUACUCAAAUGCAUCACGCUGGUGAGGAGAUGCUGUCAGUCUUGUCCGUUGAUUCGAAUGUUUUCUUGCAUCCAUAAAUGUUUUUGUACAAGAUAACCCAAGGACCCUUGAUUUGUGCUCAUGCUGGUUUUGCAAUAUGACAGCUUGUCAUAUGCAUGCAAGUUUUUUUUUUUUUUCUUUUCAAAGGGGAAUGGGUGGGGAGGGACACAUUUCUCUAAAUGUUUUGAUUGUGAGGGAAAGAUGCAUUUAUAACUUUUUUGUUUUGUAAUUUAUUUCCAAUAUUUCUAUAUUUUUGUUUUUGCAAAUGAUCACUUACAUUUGUAUGAGUAAGACAUGACAAGUCCAGGAAUAUGUAUAUAAAAUGUUCUUAUGUUCAGAUUCUUUGUUUAGUUUCUUACGUGCCGAGGUUAUUUUUUCAGAAAAUAACAUGAAUAUAUGCAAACUGAGACAAAAAUAAAGAUGUACAGAAUAAAGUAUUGAAUGUGUAUUUUACCUUGUACAGCAUUUGUCUAAUAAGACGGGUAAAUGUAUUCAUUCAAGUUGGAUUUGGAGUUUAAGAUGUGAAUGUUUACAGUGGGUUUGUGUAGGAAAAGAUGGCUGAUUAUCACUUUCUGUGCUCCCAGGGCAGUCUGACAACACUACUCCCAUAGGCAGUACAUUUAAACCAAAAAUCUCCGCUUUUAUUACGAUUAGUGCAAUGACCAGCUUCCGUUUGUGAAUUCACUGUAUACUGUGCCCCCCCCCCCCCUUUUUUUUUUUUUUUUUUUUUUUAAAAUAACUAUACAACACUUCACAACAGUUUUCACCUAUAUGGUAACUUCAACCAGAUAUAUUCUGAUAUAAACACAAUUUAUUUUAACCAUCUUAAUGUCAUAUUUUACAUCAGAUUUUUUUUUCAUUUUAUUUUUUUGUUACUCAUCAGCCUGGUUCUUUGGUCCUGAACCUAUAGCCAUAUCCCAGACUGUCUUCGCUUACACAGAUGCCCACCUUUCUCCAGUGCAAUGUAAUGCCAUAACUUAAAUUACCCUGAUGGAUUCAAGGGGUUACUACCUCUCCACCCUGGAAAAAAAAAUCUAAUAUAGCUCCUCAAUGGGAAGACGGUGUUAGAGCAGGUUUGGAAGGUUGAAGGAAAUGAAUGUGAUACUGAUCUGUUAGUCAACCCUGGUUGAGAUGGCCUGUGGAAAAUAAAAGUGGGAAACCGCUUAUUGUGUUUAAAAGUCUUAGAGAUUUUAGGUCACAUGCAUGUCCAAAAUGUCCAAGUGGACUUUUUUUUUUUUUUUUUUUUUUGAAGUGCAAACGAGGUGUUUUGUUAAAUUUCCUCCACAUACAAAUUGAGGUGAGGGAUCAAAAUAUGUGACUGGAUUAUUGUAAAAGCUGGUUUUCCCUCCCAUCUUUAAGACCCAAAUGCUGGUUUGUGUUUUAACACUUGAAAAGAACUGAUUAGUGUUGUAAACACACUGCAAAUCAACUCUAAACGCAGGCUCUUCUACAAUCAGGGUUGAACAUUAAUGAAGAGUGAAAAACAAGAAUUUUGUAUUCUGAUGUCCUUUGCUUAUAUCAAUGUGUGCGUUUUAUUUUGCACUUUGGAAUAUUUCAUUGUCAUAAAAGAAGUUUAUUUUCUAUGUAAAAUUUAACAUUAAAGAGUAAAAUACAUAUAAUUAAAAGUUCAGAUGUAUAAAUAUAGUGCUUUCUUUCUUGCCUGUAUUUUAUUAUUUUUCCUAUUUUGUAUCUGAUCUGUACACCCUGUAGAUGUGUAAUGAAUCUUUAACUACUGAAAUGCAAUGACCUGUUUUCUGUGCUGCCCCUCGGGAAUGGGGAGUUACUACUGCAGUUUCUUAUUGUAUCAGAUUCUUUUUUAAGUUUGUAAUAAAAAGAAAAAACAGAUUGGCAAAAUAAGCAUGGAAAAUAA